AUGUCUGAUAUUUCAUCGGAAUCGUCAGGCGCAUCAGAACCACCCAGCCCUGCUCGGCACUUCCAUCCGGCCGGUGACAAGUCAGCAUGGUCACAACAAACCAAUUUCGAACGAUUCAUUUGGCUAUUGAAGAUUCCGUUUCGAACGAUUCUCUGCCUGUCGAAUAUAACGGCAUUUUUUGUUGCGUACUUCGGCUUCAUGAUACCCAUUCUGUGGGCUAGAGCAGCUUGGCCACGUUUAUAUUGGUUUUACGAGGGCAAAUUAUACAGAUGGUUACAAGCAUUCAUCGGUUAUUGGGGUUACACGGCUGGAUAUGAUGUGUAUGAAUAUGGCGAUGAUGUGAGUCAUUACUCGGAGGACGAACGUGUUCUCGUGAUGUGCAAUCAUCAGAGCACUGCUGAUGUGCCAACCUUAAUGGCUGUGCUACAGAGUAAGAAAGUGGCAAGUCGAAAGACUCUGUGGCUGAUGGACGUGAUGUUUCGGUGGACACCGUUCGGUAUAAUUGGUGCGAUGCAUGGUGAUUACUUCAUAAAACAAGGAAAAGCGACUCGAGAGAAGGAGCUGCUACGGCUGAAAGAGCACUUGAGGAAGGUGUUCUGGGACAGAGACCGACGUUGGGUGAUUCUCUUCCCUGAAGGAGGAUUCUACUACAAUCGAAUCGCGAGCAGUCAGAGAUAUGGUCGAGAACACGGAUUUCCACAUUUGGAACAUGUGACACUGCCGCGGCAAGGUGCCGUCAAGGCGAUUCUCGAGGAGAUUGGACCUCGAGAGGAGCACGAAACUGAUGGAAUGAUCGAUUCGAAGAGGGGCAGUCGACUGAAACUCAUCAAAGACACGGUGGGCGCGAUUCGUGAGAAGAAAUACAUCAAAGGUUGGUCGUUUUUCGAGUGGAAUUAUUUCGUUUCUCAUUGCUUAUUAAAAGUGUGUACUUCUCUCAGUGUUCGAUAA